UUAAACGAGUAUAAAAGUGUAAGGAUAAUAAAUAUUAUUACGAUUUCGAUAUACGAAGUCAAUCGUGAUCGAGUAUGUCGGAUCUAUGGUGGUAUCGGUAGUUCGUGGUCGAUAGGGAUGACGUCCCUGUGACAUGUUAGCCCGUGACCUUGAGUGGCGUGAUAGCAACAUCUUCCGUGGAGAAGUUCAGCUCCCGGUGCGCGGCUCGAGCAACGAUAGCAACACUCAAUUCUUUUCUUCGUACUCUUAUCACCAUCAUUACCAUUAUCAUCAUCAUCAUUAUCAUCAUCAUCAUCAUCAUCAUUAUCAUCAUCAUUAUCAUAACUACCACCACCACCAUCACCAUCACCACCACCACCAAGAUCACUAUUACCGUCAUCAACAACAACAACAACAACAACAACAACAACAACAUUCGUUCUCUCGUCAAAUUGAAUAUCGAGUAUUGCCUCUGCUGCAACUCAAACCAGACUUUGUUGUACCGUAUGUUCUUUGCUGGAGAUUACCUGUUCACGGGAUUCAUCAAAUCGAUCCUUUAUUUUAUCAACAACAACAACAACAACAACGACGACAGCAGCAACAGAACCAACAACAACAACAAUUGUUAUUAUUACGAGAAAGGGAAUUUCGUUACGUUCACAAUCGACAACGUUGUCGUUAUAUCGAAGGAACCAUUAGGACACAAAGGAGACGUACGAAUAAUUCGUCGUCGUCAUUUCUUCAAGGAUAUCGACUCUCUCUUCAUUACAACGCUUUUUCCGAACGUAUUGGAAUGGAAAAAAGACUGGACCGUUUCGUAGCGAGCAAAAAUGAAGACACGAGGUACAAAGCGAAUCGUUGCGUGAGCGGGGGCGGUAGCCGCGGAAACGGCGCGACUGGUGGUACCGGAGGCGGAGGAGGAGGUGGAGGAGGAGGUGGAGGAGGCGGAGGAGGAGGUGGGGGAGGCGGAGGAGGAGGAGCGGGAAUCGACGGUGGCACGGUGCCUACUGCACCACCGACCACCGGCCAUCACCACCACUACCAUCACCACCAUCACCAUCACCAUCAUCUCACCAGCACGACAACAACUACCACCACGACGACCACCACCACCACCACCGGCGGCACCAGGCACCACAGGCACAGGCUGCCGGCGGGCAAGCAGUGCACUGAGCACCGACACCACCCGCAUCAUCACCGGCAUCACCCACACCAUCGCUCCCAUCAUCGGGGCAUGAACAUGGGCCAAAAGAUUUCAGGCGGCGUGAAGAGCGUGACGCGCGAGAGCGGAGCUGGAGCGGGCGGCGGAGUUGGUGUCGGUGGUGGCGGCGCAGUGGCGUACAAACCUGUGGUACCAAGGGAAUUGGCGCAAGAUUUGUCGAGGCCAGCCCGUCUCGAUGUCCUCCUCGAUAUGCCGCCCGCAUCGCGGGAAACUCAAGUUCAUCACAGCUGGAACGCCGACGAUCGCAGUCUCAACAUAUUUGUUAAGGACGACGACAAGCUGACGUUUCACCGGCACCCCGUAGCACAGAGUACCGAUUGCAUACGAGGGAAAGUCGGUUAUACGAAGGGUAUGCACGUGUGGGAGCUUUAUUGGAGCACGAGGCAACGUGGUACACACGCUGUGGUCGGUGUUGCGACCGCAGACGCGCCCCUUCACAGCGUUGGCUAUCAGAGUCUCGUUGGUAACAACGACCUAAGCUGGGGAUGGGAUCUUGGUAGGAAUAAACUCUAUCAUGACUCGAAGAACAAUGUCGGUGUUACGUAUCCGGCAUUACUUAAACCGGACGAGACCUUUAUCGUGCCCGAUAAAUUUCUGGUUGUACUCGAUAUGGACGAGGGCACGUUAGCUUUCGUGGUGGACGGACAGUAUCUUGGGAUCGCGUUUAGAGGUCUCAAAGGGAGGAAGCUACAUCCCAUUGUGUCAGCUGUCUGGGGACACUGCGAGAUUACGAUGAAAUAUAUCGGUGGACUUGAUCCCGAGCCAUUACCUUUGAUGGAUCUUUGUCGAAGAGUGAUCAGACAACGGAUCGGGAAGCACAGACUCGAGGAAAAGAUCAACGAAUUAAAUCUGCCACAGGCGAUAAAGACUUAUCUCCUUUACCGUGACAGGAGGUAACCACCGUGUGGUGCAUCAAGAGAAGCGAUCAUCAGAAAGGUCGCGAAUGUCAGCAGUUUGCGACAUCGUUGCUACCACGACGCACAGAAAUGGGCUACUAUAGCCUCCUGCUACUCUCGCACACGUCAAGGAACGCACCACCAUCAACAGCAGCAACAGCAGUCUGUCCGCCAACAACAACAACAACAACAACAACAACAAGAACAACAACAACAACAACAGCAGCAGCAGCAGCAGCAACAACAACAACAUCGUAACUACUUGAACCAACAAAACCACCAACAAGACAACGGUCCACCAUCCGUGUCUCUGUUCUUAAAACGUUUGAUGAUCAGUAGACUGAACCGUUUGAUACGACGACAAUGCAUGGACGGUCCAAGAAGACGAAUGUCUAGCGAAGGGUUAGCCUUAGGGUACCAGGGAUCAUGGUAUCAACGUUGUUCGUACGAAAAUGGAACAUCAUCGUCGUCUUCGUCGUCCGAAUCAUCGUCAACAACUACUUCGACAUAUUCGACCUUGUCUUCUUCUUCGUCUCCGUCGUCGUAUUCCUCAUAUUCCUCGUCGUAUUCGUCGUCUUCGUUACCCUCUUCCACAUUCUCGUCGCGAUAUGGAUGAUAAACGAUAUCGAUUA